GGCCUCUCGUGGAAAGGCUGGCCUUGUUGGAGUCUCCCCGCGCCGGGGCGUACCCCGGCCCGCCCUCGGGCAGGCCGGUGGGUCAGCGCGGCGCUCCGGGCGCUGCAGGCCUCGGCGCCGGGCUCCUGGAGGAAGGCGCAGCGCCCGAGACCGGCUCUUCCCCGUCUAGGGGCCCCGCACACGCGCGUCCUUCGCCACCCCCAGCCUGGGUUUCGGUCCACAACCCCUUGAUUAAACAGGCCCGGGUCACUUUCCCUUUGAUCCCGCCCCAAGUCGGAGGGGUGGGAGUUUGCUCCAAACUUUGUUUAUGGGACAGUCCCGGAGCCGCUGCGGCCGCGCUGUCUUCUCCGCCGCCUCCUUCUGAAGCCAGCUCGGGGGAUGUGAGAGCCCAAGCCCCAUCGGCUUGCCAAGCACCGGAUCGGCUCGGAAUUUGGCAGUCAGGUCCCGGCUCCAGCGCCGGCAGCUCGGGACGCACCCGGGCGACCGAGGCCACACUGCAAGUUCGGGCCGGACGGCGGCCGCCAGCGCACUCGGGCUCGGCUUCGCUGCGUGCCCAGGUAAUGAAUCCAGCCUCGGCACCCCCUCCGCUCCCGCCGCCCGGGCAGCAAGUGAUCCACGUCACGCAGGACCUCGACACAGACCUCAAAGCCCUCUUCAAUUCGGUCAUGAACCCCAAGCCCAGCUCCUGGCGGAAGAAGAUUCUGCCGGAGUCUUUCUUCAAGGAGCCGGAUUCGGGCUCGCACUCCCGCCAGUCCAGCACCGACUCUUCCGCCGGCCACCCGGGGCCCCGGCUGCCCGGCGGCGCCCAGCACGUCCGCUCGCACUCGUCGCCCGCGUCCCUGCAGCUGGGCACUGGUGCGGGCGCUGCGGCCAGCCCGGCACCACAGCACGUACACUACUGCCAGCGAUCUUACGACUUGACCGAGGAGCCGCCGCUGCCCCCGGGCUGGGAGAUGGCCUUCACGGCCACUGGCCAGAGGUACUUUCUCAAUCACAUAGAAAAAAUCACCACCUGGCAAGACCCUAGGAAGGCGAUGAAUCAACCCCUGAAUCCUAUGAACGUCCAUGCUGCCGUCUCUUCCAACCCGGUGCCUCCGCAGAGAUCCAUGGCAGUGGCCCAGCCAAACCUCGUCAUGAGUCAUCAGCCCCAGCAGUCCAUGACCCCUAGCACCCUGAGCCAGCAGAGCCACCCUGCUCAGAACCCACCGGCGGCGGGGCUCCUGAGCAUGCCCAGUGCGCUCACCACUCAGCAGCAGCAGCAGCAGAAACUGCAGCUCCAGAGGAUCCAGAUGGAAAGAGAGCGGAUUCGGAUGCGCCAGGAGGAGCUCAUGAGGCAGGAGGCUGCUCUCUGCAGACAGCUGCCCAUGGAAGCUGACACUCUGGCCACGGUUCAGGCUGCGGUCAACCCACCUGCCAUGACUCCCGACAUGAGAUCCAUCACCAAUAACAGCUCAGACCCCUUCCUCAAUGGAGGGCCCUACCACUCCCGGGAGCAGAGCACCGACAGCGGCCUGGGGUUAGGGUGCUACAGCGUCCCCACAACUCCAGAGGACUUCCUCAGCAAUGUGGAGGAGAUGGAUACAGGAGAAAAUGCAGGUCAGACACCUAUGAACAUCAACCCUCAGCAGACCCGUUUCCCAGAUUUCCUUGACUGUCUCCCCGGGACGAACGUUGACUUAGGAACGCUGGAAUCUGAAGAUCUGAUCCCACUCUUCAACGAUGUCGAGUCUGCUCUGAACAAAAGCGAGCCUUUUCUGACCUGGCUGUGACCACUACUGUUGUAACGUGGAGGCAGCUGGGACCUGACAUUUCCUGGGCCUCUAGGAAAAAGCCAUGGAGCAGAGCAGGUGUGCAGGAGCUCUCCUUUCUGCCUCCACGACUCAUGCUCACUCCCUCCUUCCCACGGGGCCAGCCUAAUCAUUGCCUGGUUUGCAUCAACACUCAUUGAAGUUAAAACAGAAAUGCAUAUUCUAUCUUCAUUUUCUGCAAGCCUGCAUUCC